AUGUGGUUACAGGCAAGAAGCCCAGCGCUAAGGCUGGCUCUGCGGCAAAGGCGGUGCUUAAGGGGGUACGUUGACUCGGGAAAUUUCGCUCGAGAUGCGAUAUACUAUGCUGGGAAGAAAUUGGCGACUAAAAGUGCCAUGCAGGUUCACUCUCACAAGGUCAAGAAGGUCCGCACAUCGACUACCUUCCACCGACCAAAGACCCUUCAGUUGUCGAGAUCCCCCAAAUACCCCCGCAAGUCCAUCCCCCAUGAGACUCGUCUCGACCACCACAAAGUCAUCGUCCACCCAUUGAACACCGAGAGUGCUAUGAAGAAGAUCGAGGAGAACAACACCUUGGUCUUCAUUGUGGACGUCAAGGCGAACAAGAGACAGAUCAAGCAGGCUAUCAAGAAGCUCUAUGACGUGGACACCGUCAAAAUUAACACAUUGAUCAGACCCGAUGGAUCAAAGAAGGCUUUUGCACGGUUAACAGCGGAUGUUGAUGCUCUGGACAUUGCGGCGACAAAACUGGCUAUUGUUUAA